AUUUACGUUUUGUACGUUUUUUUAAUAAGUUAAUUUCAUCCAACAAUGCUUGACUAUAAAAUUUCAAGGAUUUUUCUCGAUGCUUUCUUUGAAAUAUUCUAACCAACGGUCUUCGUGAGUCCCCUGUAUAUAAACCUGCAGUUCUAAUUGAAUAAUGCCGGAAGGGGCAUAAUUUUUCAGACUAAGUAUAAUAUGAGUGUUUACCUUUUUUCUGUCAUCAGUCGGUCAGUAAAUGAGAGAAACUAACAAGGCAGAAUGUACGGUAGUAUCUGAUAAUAUUAAUCUAAAAAUCUAUUCCGGCGGACAGCAUGUAUAAUUUGUUGAAGAAUAUAGAGUGUGGUCUGUUCAAAGAUGCGCGACAAUUUCAACUCCCACGCAAUCCUUCGGAUAUAAGGCAGAGGGCGGGAAAUUUCUCUGGACACACAGUUUCCCGAGGGUUUGAAACUUGGUGCGUGGUUUUGUCGGUCUCUGAUGGAUAGUACGUUUUCUCCGGAAGACUUUUACUUGUGGGCCUCGGUGGGAGAAACCUUUCAAUUUUAUUAUAUUCCAAUUUUGGUAUGCCUAGGCACUGUAGGCAAUUGCCUAUCUGUCUACGUGUUUUUCCACUGCCCAAAAAUGAGACACCUUUCUUCUUCUUACUAUUUGUCAGCCUUGGCAAUAAGUGACACGAUAUUUCUGCUCACAAUAUUUAUGGUCUGGCUCCGCUUUUUCGAGAUAGACCUGUUCAACAACGAAGGCACUUGUCAAGCCCUAAUCUACAUCAGUGGCGUUUGCAGUUUCUUGAGCGUUUGGUUAGUGGUAUCCUUUACAAUGGAGAGGUUCAUUGCUGUGAGGUAUCCUCUGAAUCAACGCUCGGUUUGGACGGUUACCAGAGCAAAAUUGGUGAUCUCAAGUCUAGUGAUCUUCGGUGUCAUUCUGUAUAUACCACUUGUUUAUCUGUCUGCAAUAACAGACCACAGCGGUACUAGAGUCUGCGGUAUAGAACCCGAACUGGCAGAUUUGGCAACCAAGUUCAACUACGUCGACACGUUCGUCACUUACGUGGCUCCUGUCACUAUCAUUUUGUUCCUGAAUAUGUGGAUAGGAAGAAUUAUAUUUCAUUUCACCAAGAUACGGAGGGAGAUGACCUUGAGAGGCAACAGAUUCGGAAAAGCUUCAGACUCCUUGAAACUUAAAUAUGCCAACACGAUAUCCCAGAAGAGCAUCACGAAAAUGUUGCUGUUGGUGUCCACUGUCUUCUUAUGUUUUAAUUUUCCUAGUUACAUUUUGCGGAUAGUUGCUUAUAUGAUUGAGGUUAAAGCAAUAACAGUCAGGUAUUCGUACAUCUUGCAACAGUUACAACAAUGGUGUCAACUUCUAUUCUAUACCAAUUUUGGCAUAAAUUUCAUUCUGUACUGUGCAAGCGGUAAAAACUUCAGAAGAGCCUUAAAGAAACUGUUGAGAAUCAAAAAGCAGCAGCGUACUGGAAGAAGUGAAGUUAUCGUUUUAACUGAUAGUCGAGUACAGUCUAGUGGAAGCUCAUUAGCAUCUAUAAGAAGAAAGCUGAAUAUACUAUAAGAUAAGAUAAUGUGAUUUUUGAGUUUAUAGUAUUGAAAAAAAAAUGUCAAAUUGAAAAAAUAACGAACAAGUUUUUUUAUAUUUAUAGCCGAAAAAAUAAAGGUGAA